AUGGAUCCUCAGGCUCAGCUCGCCGCGCUUGCUGCUGGCCUUCCCGAGGACAUCUAUCACGCUCUCGAGGCAAUCCUUCGUGAUCUUGACCACCGCGUUACUCACGCUCAGGCCCCAGCCCUUUCUGCCGACGAUAUCCGCAUUGCCCUCGAACACGGUUUUGCGAACACCCAAUUCAAUCUCCCUCCGGCACAUUUUACUCUCCCGCCUGCUCCUCCUCCGCCACCUGUUUCCGUGCGUCCCGGCCAAUUCAAGGUCGACCUCGCACAUUUCCACGGCAAGGAUAGCGACGAUCUUGGUGCUUGGCUGACAUUGAUCGAGGAUUACCUCCGAGGUCAGCACAUUCCCGAGGUGGAUUGGCCGUUACAAGUCCCGAUGCUGUUCCGUGGUGAGGCUCAGCAUUGGUACGUUGCACAGAAGAAGAAGAUCGGGCGCGGCUUUACCUGGGCAGAGUUGCGAAAGGCUCUGACAGACAAGUUCGAUACGCCGUUGCGUGUUGAGACUCUGCGCAAUGAGCUGCGUUCUGUUCCUUGGAAAGGGAACCUUACUCGAUAUGCUGCCGCUUUCCGUGACCUCGAGACUCAGAUUCCUGAGGUUGACAUGACAUUUGGUGACCGCUUGUCGAAUUUUCUCAGCCGUCUUCCAGUCGAGUUUGCGAAGGACAUCCGCCGCGACAAGCCGAAGAAUGUCGAGGAGAUGUAUUUUUUGGCGCGCGAGAUUGAACGCCUCUCAAACCUUCAUCAUGUCCCUGCGCAGCAUCAGAACAACACAAACGGUUUCCGCAAGAAGACGAAAGGGUUUACUCACCGUCUUUUUUCAUCAUCUUCGUCUUCUCCGUCUGCCGCAUCAUCCUCACCUUCGGCUCCUCCUACGUCUUCAUCACCAUCUACUGGUCCAGUUCCGAUGGACCUUGAUGCGAUGGAACAGCCGCCGCCACUGAAGACGAAGGAUCGGGUUAGCCGUGAGUUGAACCUCUUCGAGGGAAGCGAGCCCCCGCUGUUCACUGAUUGCUGCGAAGAACCGUUGGAGUUAUCAGUGCUUGAUCUAUCCGAUGAUGCACCUGAACCUCAUUUAUUGCCCACCUAUGCUGUCCAGCUCGCUCCCAGUGUCAAUGCGAAGCCUCUUCAGCUCGCGUCGGCCAUUAUUGAUACUGGUGCCGCCUACUGCUAUAUCAAGCCGUCAGUUGUCAGAAGGGCUAAUCUUACGACGUACCCUAUGACGGCUCAUUCUGUUCGCGGUGCGGGUGCCACUACCACGUCAGCUUGGGCUCAUUUCGCCAUCAAAAUCGGGGGUUGGCAGAAGCCGAUUUGCGCAUUCAUCUUGGACACCGAUACACUGCGCUUCGACAUGGUUAUCGGCCAAGAAUGGCUGCAGAAGUAUAAUGCGCAGCCUGAUUGGGCUACGCGCUCUUGGUUCUUGACGGAUCCGCGUACUUGUCAGGUUGUACGGCUGCAUGCCAUGACUGUACAGCAGCCUCUUCCCCUGCCGCGCGUCGCUGGAGCCGCUGCAUCAAACCGUUGGGCUUCUCUUGUAGCUGCCCCAUUGGAGUUGUACUUGUUAGCUGAAGAACCUGUAACUGAGUCUCCGCAGGAAACCUCUGGCCACAAAUCCCCACUAGCGAAGAUCAAAUCGUUUGGUGCACGCUUGCAUGCGCGUAUGAAGGCAAAGUUUCCACGGUUAUUUCGUACGAAGCUUGGUGCACCACCGGCAGGUCGAUGUGAACAUGUCAUCGAUGUGACUGGAACACGACCAAUUCGUGCGCAUGGGCGUCCUUUAUCGCCACCGGAGCACGAGGAGGUUCAGAAGUUUGUUGACGAAGGUCUGCGGGAUGGAAUUAUUGAACCGAGCAAGUCUCCGUGGUCCGCGCCAUUGAUUCUCAUUCGGAAGAAGGACGGGAAAAUGCGGGUAUGUGUUGAUUUCCGUCAGCUUAAUAACUUCACUGUACGGAAUGCUUACCCUCUUCCUCGUAUCGAUGAUUCCUAUCAAAAUCUUCGUGGCGCGCGUUUCUUCACGACCCUUGACUUGCGAUCCGGUUACUGGCAGAUCCCACUCAGUGCUGCAUCACGCCCGCUGACCGCGUUUGCUACGCGUUUCGGCCACUAUCAGUUUCGUGUUAUGCCUCUCGGCCUCUGCAAUGCACCUGCGACUUUCCAGAACUUUAUGAAUGACCUCCUUCGUUCGCGUCUUGAUCGCUGCGUAAUGGUCUACCUUGAUGACAUCAUCAUCUACUCACCGAACCUUCCGCAGCAUCUCGCUGAUGUCGACUGGGUCCUCACCCGUCUUGAUCACCAGGGUCUGAUCCUACACGAGGACAAAUGUCAGUGGGUUCAAACUGAGUUGACUUAUCUCGGGCACAUUGUUUCUAUUGCCGGUGUCCGUCCGAAUCCAGAGAAAGUCCAGGCCAUCACUGAAUGGCCACGUCCCGAUAAUGUUACUCGUCUUCGCGGUUUCCUCAAUCUUACUGGCUACUACCGCCGUUUCAUGAAAGGGUUUGCGAAGAUUGCUGGGCCGAUGUACGAUUUAUUAAAGGGCAAUCCCCGGAAGCGUGCUGAAAUUAAAUGUUACCCGUCACCUUGGCGUCUCUUCGUUCUCGAUGUUGAUGCUUCGGGCCAUGCUAUUGGUGGUAUCCUCCAUCAAUCGCAAAAUGAUUUUCCCAAGGGGGAGGGAGAUUGCUCACGCUUCGCGUUCAAGGAGUCUGAUCUUCGGCCGAUUGCUUUUGAAUCACGUCGUAUGACCCCGACUGAGCAGCGCUACGUUGAAGGCUCACCUGUUGUUGUGCGUUCCGACCAUGAAUCUUUGAAGUACUUCUUGUCGCAGAAACAUUUGGGUCGCCGUCUUGCCCGUUUCGCCGACAACAUCGCACACUUUGAUGUGCUAAUCCGGUACCGCCCCGGUCGUAAUCAGCUUGCCGCUGAUGCAUUGUCCCGUCAUGAUGGCCAAGCUGAUGUUCCAGACUACGAGGCCUCUGGCCCAUUGUUUGCGAACCCGAUGGAGCCAGCAGUGGACCAUGAUAGGUCAGCACUUUUCGAGACUUUGAAGAAAUGGAGAGAAGACUUACUUCGAGAUACUAGUGCUGAGCCGAGUCGUCGUGGCUUCCUCGUCCGCGAUGGUGCACUCUUUCACUCUGUUGACCUUGGUCAGGGCGAAGUCUUCUUGCCAGUUCCGGUGAACCUUGACGAGGCCUUGCGGGUCAUUCGGGAGGUACACACCGACCUCGGACAUCUCGGUGUUCGUGCAGUUGCGGAAGCAUUGAAGUCGCGCGUAUGGCUGCCAAUUGUCACUGAGUUAGUCGAAUUCGUUAUCCGUCGCUGCGAUGCUUGCCAGUUCACGCAGCGCGAGGCUCCACCUGCCCAGCCGUUGCACCCACUUCCUCGUACGGAUGCCUUUGAUCAUUGGGCUUUCGACUUUAUAGGUCCCCUCGUGAAAUCGAAAGAAGGAAAUGAGUAUAUUCUUACCGCCAUGGAUCACGGCACCGAUUUUGCCUACGCGACUGCAAUUCCACGCCGUUCUCAUAUUGCUGUCAUCGCAUUGCUGCGCCGCCUUAUCACGACCCAUGGGAAGCCUUCCACCGUCCUCACGGAUAAUGGAGAGGAAUUUCUGUCAUAUCCUUUUCAGAAUUAUCUUCAGCGAUUAGGAAUUCAGCACUUACACACCUCGCCAUACCAUCCGCAGAUGAAUGGCCGCCUCGAGAAGUUUAACGAUAUGCUGGUACAGACGUUAGCGCGUUAUACGGCUCCCAACCGACAGGACGAAUGGGAUCAAUACUUACCAGAUGCACUUCUUGCGCAGCGCGCGCACGUCAGUCGGAGCCAUGGCGCGUCACCUUUCUUCCUUGCGUUUGGUCGUCAGCCCCGUCUUCCGCAUGAAACGACUUACGACCUUCUUCGGGCGCCACCGACCGACGCGGAGAUCGCGACGUUGCAAAACUGUCGUCUCGAGCAUGUUCAAAACCUUGAGAGGUUCCGAACCGAGGCGAACACGCGCGCCUUGCGCCGCUUGCAGGACGAGGCGCGCCGCCGUGAGGGUACUUACCACGAACGCGCGCUCGGGAUUGGCGAUUAUGUCCUUCGACGUUCGGAAAACCCGACGAAACUCCAUCCGCGCUGGGACGGACCCUUCAUCGUUCACGAUGUCACUGACCGGAACGUUUAUCAGCUCCGCACACGAAACGGCUACAUCCUUCGUACCUUGUACAAUGCUGCCCGUUUGAAACGUUAUCACCCGUCGAAUAUGGAUCCCGAGUUAUGGUACUCCUCUGCCGACCUUCAGCGUCGCGACGCCCGAGCGCGAAUGCAACGCCGACUCGACACCAGUCUCGGUCGCGCUGGCACCUCUCGCGAUGCCUAA